AUGGAGGGGAUCGGGGCCCCCAAGAAGAGGUGCCACUCCCGCUUCGCCAGGCUUGCCCCAGGGCCAGGGUCUGUGCCAGGGGUGACCCACCUUCUGCCUCCCUCCUCGGUCUCACCGGCUCACAGUGGCCCCUGCAUUCCAUUCUUACAGAACAUCCCCCACAAGUCCUCGCUGCCCGAGGGCAUCCGCCCUGGCACGGUGCUGAGAAUUCGUGGUUUGGUUCCUCCUAACGCCAGCAGGUUCCACGUAAACCUGCUGUGCGGGGAGGAGGAGGGCUCCGAUGCCGCCCUGCAUUUCAACCCCCGGCUGGACACGUCGGAGGUGGUCUUCAACAGCAAGGAGCAAGGCUCCUGGGGCCGCGAGGAGCGCGGGCCUGGCGUUCCUUUCCAGCGUGGGCAGCCCUUCGAGGUGCUCAUCAUCGCGUCCGACGACGGCUUCAAGGCCGUGGUUGGGGACGCCCAGUACCACCACUUCCGCCACCGCCUGCCGCUGGCGCGCGUGCGCCUGGUGGAGGUGGGCGGGGACGUGCAGCUGGACUCCGUGAAGAUCUUCUGAGCAGGAGCCCAGGCGGGCCCGGGGCCUUGGGUGGCAAAUAAAGCGUUAGUCCGCAGCG